GCGCGGCAUUUGUUCCACUAGAACAUUCUCAUCCCGAAAAACGACGCCUGCAGAUCGUGCAGCAGUUGGGUACAAGGUUCAUGCUCGUCACACCUUACACUGCCACGAAAAUGUCCCAGGAGACUACCGGAACCGUGGAGUUUGUUGUUGAGAUUACACUGGAUUUUUUGCUGUCUCUCCAUUUACCCAGCGACGCAUCGACGAAGCUCCAAGGGCGAGCUACCCCCCGGACCGCUGCAUAUUGCCUCUUCACUUCGGGCACAACAGGUACACCGAAAGGCGUCGUUAUUGAGCAUGAAGCUCUUUCAUCCACUUGCACAAACCAGGGUAAUCUUUUGGGGUUUGGGACUCACACCCGCGCUCUCCAGUUUUCUGCUCAUGGAUUCGAUGCUAAUAUGAUUGAGACGAUUUGUACUCUAAUGUUUGGCGGUUGCGUUUGCAUUCCCACGGAGCAUGAGCGCAUGAACAAUUUGCCAAAGUCGAUUCGCGACAUGGAGAUCAACUUUGCUGGCUUUACGCCAUCCUUCGCGCUACUGAUUCAGCCAGACGAGGUGCCUACUCUGAAGACCCUUAUUGUCGGAGGAGAGGCCAUCACGAGAAAGUGUGUCGAACAAUGGUGGGGUCAAGUCGACUUAUUCAACGGAUACGGCCCUACAGAGUGUGCCGUCAUUGUAUCCAGUCACAGGAUACGAUCUAUCCAGGACGCGGUAGACAGUAUUCUUGGCUAUAACACCAGCAGCAUUGGAUGGCUUGUCGAGGCCGAUGGCGAGACCCUCACCCCACCGGGAUGCGUUGGCGAAAUUUACGCUCAAGGUCCUUCUCUCGCGCGUGGAUAUCUUUGCGACCCCGAAAAGACCGCGAAUGCAUUCAUAGACAAUGCGCCCUUCUUGAUAAAGUACGAUACUGGAAAGGACAACACUGGCUUCGCGAAACGAGCAUACCGCACUGGCGACUUGGCAAGACGAAUGCCUGACGGCAACUUACAGUAUGUGAGCAGGGUCAAUGAUCGGCAAGCAAAGCUCAAUGGUCAGCGCCUUGAGCUGGGAGAAAUUCAGCACCAAGUCAAGGCAAUGGCAAGCCUACAAAGCUCGAAAACAAGUCAGACGGCCGUCGUCAUUGUGCCCAAGGGCGGAUCCGAUGGUGCCAAUACAGCACUGCCAAGGGACGUUCUCGUUGCCUUUAUCCGCGAAGCCGGGGAGUCUGGGGAUCCGCCGACGGGUGUUCACGUCCUUUCUCCUAAUCCUGCAUUCGGCGCACGCGUGUCUGACCUCGCAAGCGACCUUCUCACGGCGCUGCCUCAGUAUAUGAUUCCGUCUUUGUAUAUUCCUCUCAGCAACUUCCCACUCACACUGUCGGACAAGGUCGACAACAGAAAGCUUGUUGAACUCGUCAGCACCAUGUCUGAGGCUGGCAUCGGGACUUACUCGCUUCAAGGACAUGAGGCUGCAGGUGCACUCUCCACCGAGCGCAAACGAGCGGCGACCACCCCCAUGGAGCUGGAGCUUCGGGGUAUUUGGGCUUCUGUUCUUGGCAAAGCACCCGAGUCAAUUAUGGCGGAUGACAAUUUCCUAAGGCUUGGUGGCGACUCUAUUGCUGCUAUGCGGCUUGUUUCGGCAGCUCGUCGCAGACAUAUCACUCUGACCGUUGCCGAUAUUUUCCGCGACCCGAGACUCAGCCAACAUGCAACUAUGGCCAUACGUGACGCACAGCACCGCCAAGAGAUACCGGCAUUUUCGUUGCUACCCAGGGAUGUCACUAUCGAGUCUCUGACCGCGGCUAUUCAACAACAAUGCGACGAUGUCACCGACAUGUCUCAGGCCGAGGACGCUUAUCCUUGCACUGCCCUCCAAGAGGCAGUGAUGGCAAGCUCUGUGAAACAAAAGGGAAGCUACAUUGCUCGAAAUGUUCUACGAGUUCCUCCAUCACUUGACUUUGACCAACUCCGCCAAGCAUGGAGCUCAGUUGUACAAUCGCACCCCAUUCUGCGCACCCGAAUCGUACAAGCCGCGUCCUCGACCAUUCAGGUUGUACUAAAGGAGAGCCUUGCAUGGCAGAGUGAUGAGAACAUAGAUCUCGACACUUAUCUCUCAGGGGAUAGUCGCAGCCUGAUUGGGUAUGGAACGCCUCUUAUGAGAUUCGCGGUGGUGGGUGCAGCCUCAGGAGCCGAACAUGAAGCCACAAGGUACCUCGCCAUAACUAUGCACCACGCUAUCUACGACGGCUGGAGCCUUCCCGUUAUUCUGUCAGACGUCGAAAAGGCAUACAAUGGAGCAACGGUCAGCAGGGGUCUUCCCUAUGCCGCCUUCGUCAACUACCUCUCUGAUGCAAAUGGCGCCGCAUCAGACGUAUACUGGAAGUCCGAAACCGAUGGCGCAAAGGUCACCGACUUCCCCAGACUCGCUUCUGGAAGCAGAUCUGCGAGGAAAAACCAGAGUCACACCCAAAGCGCCGAUUCAUCCAUCGACUUCAAAUUUCCUUUGGCUCGCGCUAAAGAGUCGGAUAUUACCAUUGCUACCAUCCUGCGGGCGGCUUGGGCAUUUGUGCUGUCCCGAUACACUGACUCUGACGAUGUCAUCUUCGGCGCAACCUUGUCGGGUCGCAACGCGCCUCUGGGAGGAGUCGAUGGCAUGAUCGGGCCUACAAUCGCGACGGUGCCUGUCCGAGUGCGCAUUGAUCGAUCUCAAUCGCAGCAUCAAUUCCUCAGCCAGUUGCAACAACAGGGAGUGAACAUGAUCCAGUUCGAGCAAAAGGGCCUGCAAAACAUCGCGCGUAUCAGCUCUGAUGCUCGAGAAGCGACGAGGUUUAGGACCCUGAUGGUGAUUCAGACAUCUGGCAACAGCGCCGACUUGCUCGGCAUGACGAACGUGACCCAGGCCCUCAACGAAGGAUUCUACACCCAUCCCUUCAUUCUGGAAUGCGUACCUGAGCCACAAGACAACAGUGUACAGGUCACUGCUAGAUACAGUGCCGCAUAUACUUCUGAAGAUGAGGUGCGCACUGUUCUGCAUCAGUUUGAGCAGGUCGUGAGCCAAUUUAGCACGGCCGUCGAGCUUUCGGACUACACAGUCGACAGCAUCAACAUGACCAGCUCCUAUGAUCUGAGCAGGAUCCAAGCACUCAAUUCCGAGAUUCCUGCCACACAGAAUUCGCUCGUGCACGACUUGAUCUCCUCUCAGGCCAGGAGUCAGGGGUCCGCGGAAGCCAUCUGUGCUUGGGACGGGUCAUUCACCUACGCCCAGAUAGACGAGGCCUCGACUCGCCUUGCACAUCAUCUCCUGUCACUUGGCGUCGGAAUCGGUCCAGACACUUUUGUACCGUUCUGUAUUGAGAAGUCGGCAUGGGCCAUUAUUUCUAUGGUUGCUAUCAUGAAGGCAGGCGCCGCAUUCGUUCCUCUUGACCCGUCACACCCCGUCGAGCGGAGACGAACCGUCUGUCAACUGGCGAAUGCGAGGCUUCUUCUCGUUUCUCCUUCCACAAGCAAAGCAUGCCAAGGUAUUGCGGAAAGCUGUGUUACAGUCUCCCAGGCCCUCGUCGACAGGUUGUCUGCUCCGCAUUCAUUGCUCCCAUCAGAGACCAAGCCAGUGAACGCUGUCUACGCAAUGUUCACAUCCGGCAGCACUGGUGUCCCAAAAGGUGUUGUCAUCGAGCAUCGCAGCCUGUCAACUGCGGCACCUGCAUUUGCCGAGUCUCUGGACCUGAACUCGUCUUCGAGGGUCAUGCAAUUCUGCUCCUAUGCUUUCGAUGCCUCGCUGAUUGAGACACUUGUGACUUUGACGCAAGGUGGCUGUGUUUGUGUCCCUUCGGACUCUUCGCGAGUAAAUGAUCUCGCAAACGCCAUGAAUGGGAUGAAGGUGAACUGGACUCUCCUGACGCCAUCAGUGGGCCGACUCAUCUCGCCCAAGCUUGUACCUGGCCUAAAGACGGUGGUACUUGGUGGUGAACCAGUCCGUACCGACAAUGUCGAAACUUGGCAUAACGGAGGCGACGGUCCCGAGAAGGCCAAACUCAUUCUGGCUUAUGGGCCUACAGAAACUUGCAUCGUGUGUUCUUCGUACAUGGUCAGGGACCACAGCGACUCUCCCAUGAUCAUCGGUCAGGCCAUUGGCACAACGUUCUGGAUCGCCGACGCACAUGACCACAACCGUCUGACACCGUGGGGUUGUGUUGGCGAGCUACUCAUUCAAGGCCCUCUCUUGGCUCGCCAUUAUCUUGGCGAUCCGAUCAAAACUUCGGCAUCUUUCAUCGAAGGCCCCGCAUGGCUCCCCGAUCAAGGUCCUGGUGUGUCCCGACGGGUCUACAAAACUGGUGACUUGGUCCGAUACAAUUCCGAAGGUCUGCUUGAGUGUCUUGGUCGCAAGGAUAUGCAGGUCAAAUUGCGAGGUUUACGCAUCGAGCUCAAUGAAGUCGAGCACCAGCUUCGCACUCAAUGUGCCGAGGCCGACCAGGUCGUUGCUGACGUUGUCUCUAUGAGCGAUGACCCGAAGGAUUCGCUGCUUGUGGCAUUUGUCGGCCUCAAAGACACUUCAUUGCUGCUGAAUGAGGCACAAAUAACACAGGCUCUUGAGAUCCAUGGCCAAUCCGCUCUUUUGCCGAUUACUACGGAUAUGAGGACAAGCUUUGCGGCACUUGUCGAAUCACUCGGGCAGAAGCUGCCUCGAUACAUGAUCCCGACACUGUUUAUGCCGUUCAAGCAGAUUCCUAGGGUUCUCUCUGGAAAGACGGACCGAGCUCUCCUACGGAAGAUAACGAAGGAGCUCAGCGAGGACGCACUCGCCUUACAUUCUCUCGCUGUCGCCGAUAGGGAGAAGCGCGAGCCGUCAACCCCCAUGGAGCGAGAAUUGCAUUCGCUGUGGGUCGACGUCUUGGGCGUCGCUGCAGACAGAAUUGGUGCCGAUGACAGUUUCUUACAACUUGGUGGUGACUCUGUCGCUGCAAUGAGGCUCAUUAGUGCUGCCCGUGGUAGAGGCCUGGAGUUAUCAGUCGCCAUGGUGUUCGACACGCCGCAGCUGUCUUCGAUGGCUGCCUCCCUCGACAAACUCGCCGAAGAGGGUGAGCCAGCUUUGACUGGUGACGUUGGACACCCGGUGCCGCUAUCACUUCUCAAGUCAUCUAUUCCGACCGAGAUACUCUUGGCAGAUGCAAGCAAAGUGUGCCAUCUCGAUGACACAGUUGCAAUCCAGGAUGCAUACCCAUGCACCCCGCUGCAAGAGGGUCUCAUGGCACUCACCGAGAAGCAGCCGGGAGCAUACGUGAUGCAGACAGUCUUUAGACUCCCGAGAACCAUUGAUCUCGACAGGUUCAAGCAGGCCUUUCAGGUCGUCGAGGCCUCUGCGGAUGCGCUUCGAACUCGUAUUGUUUCUCUAGGAGAAAAGGACUUUGUACAAAUCGUCGUAUCCCAACCUCAGGCGUGGCACCACGGUAUCGACGUGGAGUCCUACCUCCAGCAAGACAAAUGCGAUCCUAUGGGCUUCGGUACUCCCCUGUGUCGUUUUGCUCUAAUUGAGGAUCAGUCAUCUGGCCAUGUUUACUUCGUGUGGACAAUGCAUCACGCCAUUUAUGAUGGCUGGUCGAUGAGGCUCAUGCUCGAGGCCUUCCACAGAGCAUACAACAACAACAUUACAUUUUCACAGGAGCUUAUUGAAAGACAACAAAUGGCUCCAUACUCCUCGUUCAUUCGGUACACACAGACGAUGGUAUCUGAAGACUCCGAACGCUGGUGGGCAGCCCACCUGGACAACGCUGCCGCCACGCCGUUUCCACGCACCAGCCAAGGAAGGAAGCGUUCUGAUCAGGGCGAGAACUGGAGACAAAUACUGAGUUUUGCGACAAGCGAAUCUUUCAACUCAUUGGGGGUGACCAAGGCAGCACUCGUGCGUGCCGCCUGGGCGCUCGUUAUAGCCAGACACGCAGAUUCAGAUGAUGUGGUUUUCGGCAGCACGGUGUCUGGACGUACCGCCCCGGUGCAGGGUCUGGAGCACAUUAUCGGCCCGGCUAUCGCCACGGUUCCAGUUCGCAUCAAGAUUGACCGAAGCCGCCCUAUCAAGGAUUACCUUCGAGAAGUUCAGAGCCAGACAAACGCCAUGAUCCCGUACGAGCAGGUUGGCCUCCAGAACAUCGCAAAGAUCAGCGAGGCAGCCCGAGACGCUUGCAACUUUCAGUCACUUUUCGUCGUCCAUCCUCCUAGGCUCACCAAGCUCCAAGGAAACGAUCUCGGGGACUCGCUGCUCGACAUUCAGCCUACGUCAGACUCGCUGUCCGUCGAUGGCGGUCAAUUCUUCACCAAUCCGCUCGUCUUUCAGUGCCACCUGGGAGAUGGAAAUAAGGUUGACAUUACAAUCACCUACGACACGGGACUACUAUCAGAGUCCGAGGCUGCCAACAUGGGUUGGCAAUUUGAGAGCGUCGUCCAGCAGCUUGCGGGAAUUGGAACCUUUUUGGAGCCCUCUCCCCCAAAGUUGCUUUGUAACGUCAACCCGCUCUCCGCUCAUGACUUUGAGCAAUUAUCCUCGUGGAAUAACGACGCCAUGCCAGAGAUCGUGGAUUCGUGUAUACACACCUUGUUCGAACGCCAGGUCGCCUUGAGACCUGACGCAACCGCAGUCUCGGCAUGGGAUGGUGUUCUCACGUACGCGGAGCUGGAUAAAGCGGCGAACCGCCUUGCUCACUACCUCGUCGCAUCUUACAAGUUCGAACUCGGGACGCUCAUUCCGAUUUGUUUCGAAAAGUCUGUUUGGGUCAUGGUCGCAAUGAUGGGUAUCAACAAGGCCGGAGGCGCUUGGGUAACACUAGACCCAUCGCACCCCGAGAAACGACACAGGGCUAUACUUGCGCAGACACAAUCGCCCGUCAUAUUAACAUCGUCUCGCCAGUUCAAAUAUGUAUCAGGCCUGCAUCAAAACGCAAUCAGACUGUCAUCGGAUCUGGACGAAACUCUUCUCCGCGAGGGUACGACAGGUUCCACCGGACCCGAAACUAGAGUUACAGCAAACCAUCCAGUAUACGUCCUGUUUACGUCGGGAUCGACAGGCGUUCCAAAGGGCAUGAUCAUGCGCCACGGUGGUGUGAGCACCGCUAUGGUCGCAAUUGCGAAGAGACUGGGCAUGUCACCAGCCGUGCGCAUUCUGCAGUUUGCUGCAUAUGUCUUCGACCUUUGCAUUGGAGAAACACUGCUUCCACUCGUCUCCGGAGCCUGCAUCUGUAUUCCUUCCGAAGAUACUCGCAAGGAUAGUCUCACGCAAUUCGUCUCAGAGCAGCGCAUUAACUGGAUGUUCCUGACACCGAGUUUCGCACGCGUCAUUUCUCCUGACGACGUGCCUGGUGUUGAGCUCCUGCUCCUUGCUGGUGAGCCCGUGACAAAAGACCUGCUCGACACUUGGGUUGGUCGAGUUCGGUUGUUCAAUGGAUGGGGUCCUUCCGAGACGUGCUUGUUUAGCAGCUUGAAGGAGUUCACGCCAUCUGAGCAGAAGCCUUCACCACUCAACAUUGGCAGCCCGAUCGGCGGACGGUGCUGGAUCAUCGACCCGAACAACCCCACGCACCUGGCACCUAUCGGUUGCGUAGGAGAGGUCAUGAUCCAUGGACCUACGAUUACGAAGGGGUACCUGGACGACCCGGUGAGGACAUCGGCCGCCAUUGUCACAGAGCUUCCAAACUGGGCCCCAACAGAAUCCAUCCAUGAACAGCGUUUCUUCAAGAGCGGUGACUUGGCAUACUACAAUCCAGACGGAACCAUGGAGUUUGUCAGCCGAAAAGAUACGCAAGUCAAGAUCCGCGGCUUCAGAAUUGAGCUCAGCGAAAUCGAGCAUCACAUUCGCACUCAGCUGCCAGCAUCGAGUGAGCUUGCCGUGUCGGUGUUCAAUCAACCUGGAAAGGCGGCCGCGCUCGCGGUCUACUUCAGUCUCUCUGGGCAGACCUACACAGUGGCUUCGAGAGAUGAGAGCCUGCGCGACUUGACUGACAAGCUUCUGCUUCCCAUAACGACCGAACUAAGACAGCUCAUCAGUGGUGUCAUUAGCACCCUCUCAAUUUCUCUGCCACCAUACAUGAUCCCUACCAUCUUCGUGCCCAUGAGCCGAAUGGUUACCGUCACGGCCACCAAACUCGAUCGCACCACACUCGCGAAUUUGUCCCAAGUUAUCACCGGAGAGGCUCUUGCAGCCUACAGCUUGCAGGACAUUGACAACAGCCACAAAGCAGCGCCCGAGACGGCGACAGAAUUAGCCUUACAACGCCUUUGGGCAACUGUGCUGGGCCUCGAAAACCCUGCCAACAUUGGCCGCGACGAUAGCUUUCUCAGACUUGGAGGUGAUUCAAUCGCCGCAAUCAGGCUUGUCACCUUGGCUAGAAAGGAGAACAUUCUUCUAAGUGUCCGAGACAUAUUCCAAGACCCAAGGCUACACAGCGUCGCUGCCAAAGCCGACGAGUUGUCCAACUCCAGCUCCGGCACACUUAAGACAGGAGCGGUUCCAGCCUUCAGUCUCGUCCCCAACGAAACUAGGGAUAGUCUAUUACGCGAUGCGAUGCAGCUCAUGAACGUCGAACGUGAUGCUAUCGAAGAUGCAUACCCGUGUACACCUCUUCAGGAAGGCCUCAUGGCCCUAGCCCAGAAGAAGACCCAGUCCUACACGACUCGCAACGUCCUCAAACUGCCCGCACACUUCGACGUCCCCAGAUUCCAGCGGGCAUGGGAAAUGACUGUCGAAAAAUGCGACACAUUGCGCACACGAGUCGUCGUCUGCCGUGGUGAGCUUCUGCAGGUUGUGCUGCGGGAGCCACUAACGUGGCUCGGUCAGCAACAUAUCGCGCCUGGUCAGACUCAGCUGGAGGCCUUUAUCGAGCGAGAAAAAAACGAGAAGAUUACGCAUGGAAGGCCACUGUCAAGGCAGGGAAUUAUUCGAGACGGGAAGGACACAUUCUUCGUCUGGACAGUUCAUCAUUCAGUCUAUGAUGGCUGGUGUCUGCCACACAUUUUCAACAUGCUUGUCCGCUUUUACCAAGAUGAGACUCCGGAUCUCGUCCGCGAGGAGCAGAGGUUCUUCAAGAACUACGUCCGGUACAUUCUUGACGCGAGUGUGGAGGAGUCUCGAAACUUCUGGAAGCGCGAGCUUGACCUUCCCGGUCGCAAGUUGGAGCAUUAUCCAACCCCGAACAAGAGCGAUGGCACCUCCUCAAAUCGCCACGAGGUGAUCAAGCAGAGCAUAUCUUCACCCAGCAAGGGAACGUCCGACGUUACAACGUCCACCCUACUUCGUGCUGCGUGGGCUCUGGUACUUUCUCAAUGGUGUCAGUCGCGAGAUGUUGUGUUUGGUACAGUCGUUUCCGGUCGCAACGCCCCUGUUGACGGGAUCGACUCCCUGCUCGGACCAACUCUGGCCACCCUCCCAAUCGCGUUACAUGUUCCCGAGAGGAGUGAGAGCGCAUCAAUCGCCUCGUUCCUCGGUCGAGUUCAGGCGCAGUCGAAUGCCAUGAUUGCGUACGAACAUUUUGGUGUGCAGAACAUCGCCCGCCUCAGUGCUACCGCUGCCGAAGCUUGCGACUUCCAGAACCUCCUCGUCAUUCAGCCAGCACAUCAGUUCAGCAAUGCGCUUGGCAUCGAAGUCGUACAUACUAUUGAAGAUCACGGCGGCUAUCACGUGUAUCCCCUUGUCAUGGAGUGUCUUCUACACGAAGAUGAGACUAUUACGCUGCAGACGACCUUUGAUCCGUCUGUGAUUUCGGGAUUCCACGCGGGCGCUAUCGCGAAGCAGUUCAGCACCGCCAUUUCCCAGCUCUCGCUGUUAAGUGGCUCGAUGCCACUCGACUCAGUUUCAUUAUUUACGGCCGAGGACCUUGCCCAGAUCGAAAGCUGGACAGAAAUUUCGGAUACGAGCAUGCAGGUUUGCGAGACCGACGUCGCGACCGAGUUCAGCAAAGUUGCCCUUGCCAACCCUGGAGUCGAGGCCGUCUUCUCAAUCUCCGACACCAAUGACCCGUCCACAAAGCUCUCGUGGACAUACGAAGCACUUGAUGAGGCUUCAACCCGACUAGCGCAAUACUUGGUUUCGGUUGUGAACAUAGGUCGCGGCAGCAAGGUUCCUCUUUGCUUCGAGCACACGGCAUGGUACGUUGUCGCCAUGCUUGCAGUGCUGAAGGCUGGCGCAGCGUUUGUGCCCCUGGACCCCAAGCAUCCGAAAGAGCGAAUUCUGGAUGUUGUUACGCAAUUGGACACAUCUGUGAUGUUGUACUGUGGUCAUCGUACCGUCAAUCCUGGAGGAGCAGGAAAUAAGGGCCUCGACUUCUACAAAGUUGGAUCGGCGUGUGUCUCCCAGUGA